AUGGCCAUGAGUCUUCAGUUUCCAUACUACCCACUGCACUCUCAAUAUGUGGAAGAAGAAACAUUAGACGAAACUCAGCCGCUUGAGGACAGUGCGUACAAUUUCCAAGUAACUGGAGUCUCGUCGUUCUUUCCACCGUACAAGAAUGAACGUACCUUUGGAUUGACAUCUCGAAGUCAUGGACCUCAGAUGAGUCCACAAGUCAACUGGACGCAACUAGAAGAGACAGCAGCAAUUGAUUUACGGCCAUUUGUACCCAGAGAGUUGGAAUCCAUCACGAAUGCUCCAUUGCUUUGGAUGCACGAAAAUCAUGGACACUAUCAAGCCAUGAUUGGAGAAGAUAUGUACGCACCAUUGCCACUACAGCCAUCAAUUCGCUAUCAGCACCAAGAUGGCAAGUUGAAGGAAGAAUUUAAUGUUUACAUAGGCGACUCUUUAGCCGGACACGCAACAGUCUUGCCCAUGCCAUCGACCCUGAAUGUACCUCAAGCACCAUCAUUCUCACUUCAAGAACCAAAAGAACGUCGAAAAUUAUGCUGUGAAGAAGGUUGCAAAAGUCAAGCCCGUGCUUUAGGUCGAUGCAAGCGCCACGGAGGCUCAAAACGUUGUAUGAGUAGUGGAUGUGACAAAAGUGUUCAAAGUCGUGGAUUGUGUAUUCGUCAUGGUGGUGGCUCACGAUGCCGAGAGAGUGGAUGUACCCGUGCGUCGCAAAGUUUUGGAAAGUGCAAACUACAUGGUGGUGGUCGUCCAUGUAGUAUAAAAGGCUGUCAAAAAGGAGCACAUCUCAAACGACUAUGUCGUCAACAUGGUGGUGGGAUUAAAUGCUGUAUUAUUGAAUGCCAGAAGUGGGCACAACGACAAGGUAUGUGCAUGAAGCACGUGAAGGAAAUUUUGAAAGCAAUACAACACUAUAUGCCAAUGCGGGAGCGUCAGAGUGACGGUAGUUCCCGUAAGGUACUUCCAGCGCGUCUUUCUCGUGGUACUCGCAUUCGAAAGCUCAUUGGCGAAGAAGCAGAUGCAGAUGCAUCGUUUUGGGGACAAGAAGCAUGGCAAGAAGAUGGAGAGGACGAAGAUUACUCGACGGAAGCAGAAGAAGAAGAUGUUGUUGAUUCCGAUUUUGACACUCAAGAAAUACCUGAUGAAGAAAUACAUGACGCUGAAGAGGAUGAAAAGCGUACACAACGCAAGCGUCCUGCGACUAGUUUAGGACGAUACAAGGAGCCUAUUCAGUCUCGAUCGGCUAAACGAAAGGUGGUAUCGGUACACCACAAGCCUCCAAUUGCAAUCGUAUCAACGACACCAACUUUCACGUAUAAAGCACCGACAGUUCGAUUCUCGACAACUCAAAAGUUAUCCGAGUCAUCAGAAAUGAGGCGACGAGCGUCGGAUGAAGCAGCGAAAAUUGCUGCAAAAAGCAAAAAAUUGACGAUUGAAAAGACUGGAAAUCGAUUGACACAGGCACAAUUAUUGGCUGAAGCUGUCAAAACGGAAGUAGAGAACACGCAGUCCUUACAGAGACUGGAACGACUUGAAGAGGAGAAGAAAGCGGAGAGUGCUGCUCCAAAAGCACCAUUUACUGGUCAAAUGAUACGGUAUCACAGUAAAUUGGGAACACAAAAAACAAUUACGUUUUUGAACACGCUCGACUUUCCACCCAUUUUUAAUCAACCAAAACCUAAAAAGAGAAUCAGUUCGCAGCAUCAGAAAAGUCUUCAAUUAAAACUGAAGCAGGAAGAAAAAGAUCAAAACGACAGCACACAAGAACAAGAUUAUGAAGAGAAAGAUUGUCAGCAACAUGAACUCGUACAUUAA